AUGACCGAUAUUGAUCAAGAGGAAUGGGGCAAUUCGAGUCUUUUUACUUCGGUGUCCGAAGUUUCGAACGAGGAAACAGUUGCUUUUUCAGGAACGAUUUCAAAAUGGCUAAAACGUACUCUCUAUCGGAGUGGACCUGGAGCAAAUGAAAUCAAUAAUGACUCGUCGAUAAGUGUUAAUCAUGCUGCCGACGGCUGUGCUUUUAUUCAAAAAUAUGCCAUCGAUGGAUCAUCGCAAGCAGUUCGGUUUCGAACUUCAUUUAUCAAGUAUCGUGCUUACAAAGAAGCUAUCAAACAUGGACAUCUGACUACUCGACAAUUCGGCACCGAUCCGUUUCGACGAUUUCAUUUAGAUUUGACGACAAAUAAAUGUAUAGAACCAUAUGCUGGAGCACGGACAAGUCAAGUAGUAUAUCCUAUUAGCUAUGCGAAUAGUCUUGUACCGGUUCAAUUUGAAUUGCCUCGCAUCAAUCCAUAUCACAUUGGAAAAUCGUAUCGUUACUUUUAUGCAGCGCGUUCUCCGCCUGACCGGUUUCUCGACGCUUUGAUUAAAGGUGAAAUAGAAUCAAAGAAAGAAUGUGCUUUUUGGGUAGAGACAUUUACGCCACCUAGUGAACCAAUUUUCGUUCCGAAACCCCAUGCAAAUGGUGAUAAUAAUAGCAUUGAAGACGAUGGUGUCGUUCUAUCAGUGGUACUUGAUCAGAAAAGAAAACAAUCAUUUAUACUUGUGCUAGAUGGUAGCACAUUCACGGAACUCGGAAGAGCUUAUGUGUCGAUCCACAUUCCUCCAUCAUUCCACGGAAAUUUUUAUUGA